GUUUAGAUAAUGUCACCUUUAAGCCGUUUGACGACAUUUGUAUUGAAUGUUUUUGGAGUCAUUCUAGGUAAGGUUAAGUUUUCCACCAAUGGAAUCCGUUUGUUUGGCCAACACGGGUAGAAUAGGCCGUGAACAUCCGCCCUUUCAUUGUUAAAAAACCACAAAGCAGCCAGCCAAAAUACUGACGAUUUCGAUAACUCGCCUAUUUCGUCUGUCAUAGAUUAGGCUCGCCCCCAGGAUUUUAAACAUAUGACAGCUCCAUUGUGAUCAUCCGGGAUAAAAAAUCGCUCUUUAGUUCUACAUCGCGCAAAAAAACUCCGUAGAACCGCAACCGCUCCCGAAGCUCGCGCCACCAUCGCGACAGCGAAUUCUACCACAGCACUACCUGUAGCAGCAAUCACUUCCUCCUUACCACCGACAUCGUGGCCGUGUUGCGGGAGAGCUAGUAUGCCUUUUAGCUGCUGCAAACGUUAGGGCAGCGAGCGCUUUGUUCGUAGCGGCACCAUAUCAAUUAUCUGAACAGUCUAUCGUAUUGUGUCAACGUCGGCUACACGAUUGAAACUUUUUCGAUUCUUAUGGAAACGAUGUAACAUCUGCGAUACUUUGUUACUACUCAUCGACUGCAUCGCCGUCGCUGCUAUCGACAUUGUUUUAGAGUAGACAGGUGACCGUGACUUAAAUUUGCUGCCGUUGUUGUAGUAGCAAGGAUGGCGCCGACGCUCAGUAAACAAUUUCUCAACGGACUUAACCAGGCCAAACAACCAGCGGUUAUUGCUGCUGUUGCCACUGCAGUUUACAUUUAUUCGUAUUCACGAUUUUUAGCAAAACAGAGGCGUACACAAAAAGGCCACGAUGUGGUCAAAGUCUCGUUCGAUAGGAAGGACAACAAAAAACAGAAGGCAUAUGUCGAUGGUCGAUUUUUCAGGCAGCUCCGGGAACUGUUUAGUAUUGUGUGCCCUGGAGUGUUCACGGCGGAGUUCGGUUAUAUGGUACUCGUAGCAGUAACGCUACUAGGACGAACCUCUUGUGAUAUCUGGAUGAUCAACAAUGGCACAGUCAUAGAGCGGGCCAUUAUAUCGCGAAAUUUCGAACUAUUCCGCCAAAAGUUGCUUGAGUUCAUUUUGGCCAUGCCGACUUUAUCACUUGUCAACAACCUGAUGAAAUACGGUCUGAAAGAGAUUAACCUACGCUUCCGAACACGCCUGUCUUACGCACUGUACGAAAAGUACCUAGGUGGUAUAACCUACUAUAAGAUGUGCAAUCUAGAUAAUCGUAUUUCAAAUCCUGAUCAUCUGCUUACUAAAGAUGUCGAGAAAUUCUGUUCGUCGUUGACGGACCUAUAUUCGAAUCUCAGCAAACCGAUCCUUGAUAUCAUCCUGUACGUUCGAUGGCUGUCGGUAUCAAUCGGCGCUAAGGCGCCAGGAUUUAUGUUACUUUACUUGCUAUUUGCGGGCUUUCUGCUGACCAAUAUGAGGCGGCCAGUCGGUAAAUUGACAAUGGAUGAGCAGAAACUUGAAGGUGAACUGCAUUAUGUGCACUCGAGGCUAAUUACAAACUCGGAAGAAAUUGCUUUCUACAACGGCAAUAGGCGUGAGAAAAAGACAAUUGACUUAACGUUCCAGCGUCUCGUGAACCAUUUGCGCAAUUUUUUAGAGUACCGCUUCUCGCUUGGAAUGAUCGACGACAUUGUGGCCAAAUAUCUUGCGACUGUCGUUGGUUAUUUGCUCAUAUCUAGACCAUUUCUUGGAACGAAGCACAUUCAACUAAGUCACAACAAGAGACUUGAAGAGUACUAUAAAAGUGGUCGUAUGCUGGUUAAGUUAGCCGAAGCGAUCGGUCGAGUUGUUCUUGCGGGCCGCGAAAUGACUAGAUUGGCAGGGUAUACUGCCAGGGUAGCCGAACUCAAUAAGGUACUACAGGAUGUCAAUAGAGGCCAAUACGUGCGAGGUAUGAUCAAGGAUGAGCAGGAGAAAAGCGGUCGAAAGCUUGAGCUCAUCCCUGGAGCUGGUAGGAUCAUCACACAGGAUAAAAUUAUCCGUUUCACACGGGUACCGUUGGUCACCCCCAAUGGCGAUGUGCUUGUUGAGGAGCUCACUUUUGAAGUAAAAUCUGGCAAGAACGUGCUUAUCUGCGGCCCCAACGGCUGCGGCAAAAGCUCUCUGUUCAGAAUCUUAGGUGAGUUGUGGCCAUUGUUUGGUGGUACCAUAGUGAAGCCGGCGAAGAACAAGCUGUUCUAUGUGCCUCAGAAGCCGUAUAUGACGCUGGGAACGCUUCGAGACCAGGUGAUUUACCCCGACACAAAACAUGAUAUGAUUAAGAAUGGCUUCACCGACGAUAAGCUUGAAGAGCUACUGGACGUGGUGCAACUUAGAUAUCUGCUUGAACGUGAAGGUGGCUGGGAAUCGGUGCAAGAUUGGCUAGACAUUCUAUCAGGCGGGGAGAAACAACGUAUAGCUAUGGCUCGUCUAUUCUACAAACGUCCACAGUUCGCCAUCUUAGACGAAUGUACUAGCGCAGUGUCGGUCGAUGUUGAAGGAGCAAUGUACAGUUACUGUCGUAACGAGGGGAUCACCCUCUUCACCGUAUCGCACCGCAAGUCCCUCUGGAAGUAUCACGAGUACUGCCUGCAUAUCGAUGGCCGAGGAGGAUAUGAAUUCUCAGAGAUUACGCCUGACACCAUGCAAUUUGGGUCCUAACCAUUGGCUAACAGAAUUGUGUAUUUACGUACCGAUUUGUUAACAGUAUUUUUUAUUUUUAUCAUAACUAUUUGUGUACUUUAGUGAAUUGGUGAAACCACCCGUAAGAGGCUACUGGCAGUGAGACACAACAACAGUUGAUAACAAAAAAAAACCCGUGGAGUAAACCAUUAACGCUGCGACAUCAUGUUUCGCUGUUUAUGGAAACACAGGCUGUAAGCCUCAUUGGACGUCGAAACGGAUGCCUCCCUGAAGUUUAUUAGACUCAAAUGUGGUUACAGUAGAAAAGGUGGUGGUAUGGGACCGUCCUAUUUGUAUUAAUGCUUGUCGUGACGAUGCUUUUGAUACUCCUAUAGGAAAAGUAUACCACACAGCUAGGUAACAACUGUUAUUAUUAGUGUUGUUGCAUUAUAAACAUAUGAUAUAAUGGGCACAUACUGCGAUGGUUUUGUAAUAAAUAAGUGUAUUUUGUCGUUA